GAGAGGACUUUCAGGAGCUCUAACCUACUUAACGAAAGAAAAAUACACUUGCUUUGAGUGUAGCCUGCACACUGCAGCUUUACACGGUGCUAAAACCGAGGGAGAGAGAGAGAGAGAAAACCAUAGCAUACUCGGCUGAUGCAUCCCUCCCAGAGCAUCCAUUUCACGGCGCUCUCAGUUUGAAGCGGAGGAGACGGUGCGCAGUUCUCCGACAAAACACGGUGCUUUUCUCUCCUCCGAAGUCAGUUUCCUAGAGCGGUUCGCGGGUGGAGAGACACUCUUUUUACUGCGUCCCCCCCCCCCGACACGGGCAGUAUUUCAUAACAAGGCUGUUUACUUGGAGCAAAAGCGGCUUGUGCGCAGUUUCAUUCGGCGACACUGCGUCUCGUUUGUGGAGUGGAAUCGGCGACCCGCAAGCCCAAGACGCACACGGAAUAUCCGACGGUUUCAAGUUUUCUUGGAAGUUGCGCAGUGACAGACCAUCAUGGGAAUUGGUGGCUUUUUGGCUGUGCCUGGGAAAUGCCUUGUCGUCCUCGGACUUAAACUGUUAUUCCUUGUACCUGCAGGAGUUCCAGCCAGAAGCGGGGAUUCUGUAUUAAAGGACAACAUCACCGUGAGACAGGGGGACAGCGCCGUCUUAAAAUGCAAUGUGGACAGCAAAGUAUCACGGGUGGCAUGGCUCAAUCGCACCACCGUUCUCUUCACAGGGAGUGAGAAGUGGUCGCUGGACCCUCGCGUCAUCCUGAUGGAAAACACAGCAGUCACAGAGUACAGCAUCAAGAUCCAGAACGUUGACGUCCAUGACGAAGGGCCCUAUGUCUGCUCCAUCCUCACAAACAAGAAACUAAAAUCCACAAAAGUGCAUCUCAUCGUUCAAGUACCCGCCAGGAUCACUAACAUAUCAAAGGACAUCGCAGUGAAUGAGGGCAGCAACGUCAAUCUCAUGUGUCUGGCGGUCGGUCGACCUGAGGCCAACAUCAUAUGGAAGCACCAUUCACCAAGAGGGACUCAUAAAUUUGUGACAGAGGGGGAACAUCUAGAGCUGACAGCCAUCACCAAAGAGCAGUCAGGAUCGUAUGAAUGCAUCGCUUCCAAUGACAUUUCAGGCCCUGAUGUCAGGACAGUGCAAGUGGCAGUCAACUAUCCUCCCUUCAUUUCCAAAGCCAGGAGUACAGGUACUCCAGUUGGACAAAAAGGAGUCCUGCAAUGCGAAGCCUCUGCUGUCCCGAGGGCAAAUUUUGAGUGGUACAAAGAAGACCGCAGGCUCUUCAAUGGACUCAACGGGACUAAGAUAGAGAACCAAGGUAAACAGUCCAUGCUCAUCUUUUUCAACGUCUCAGAGGAAGACUAUGGAAACUACACUUGUGUUGCCAUUAACACCAUGGGAAUCACUAAUGCAAGCAUAAUCCUUUAUGGGCCCGGUGCCAUGCAUGAUGUGAACGGGGCCGCUGUGUUGCCCCGUAUCUCUGUGUGCCUCCUGCUGACUGAAACCUUACUCUACCUGCUGAAGUUCUGAUGUGAAACGUGACCGCCUUCAAGCUUCUCUCAGCGUUGAGCAGCAAGAACAGACUAUCAGUCCAAUGAGAAGAAUGGAAAGUUAAGAGUACCAGCGGUUCACCCUUAGUUUUCCUUCUUUUUUCUUUUCUGGCUUUGCAUCAGAGUCUGUUCUCUGUUGGCUCGCAAAGCGUGAGAGGCGUCAAUCCAAGGAAGGGAAAAAUUUGAAUCAUGCACUAAUUUGAUGAUGGUAGAACUACUGAGUUUGUGUGUCCCCAAACCUUUUUGUAUGUGAAAAGGGAAAAAAAGAAGAAAAAUACAUGUAACUGUUGAUAGUUGACUGUUUAUUGCCCAAUAUUGAAGUGUACAUUCAGAUUAUUAUUAAUAUUAUUGUGUCAUGUACUGUUCAAUAUCUGUACAAUACCAUUACGCUUUUUUAAGUAAAUGACAAAAAAAGGACAAAAUGCAAUGUGAUUGUUGAAUUUUACUGUAUUUUUACAGUUGUAUGCAAAACAGAGUAACAGAUCCUACAUGAUAAAAAGUUCUGAAUAACCUAUAGUACACCAUGAUUUCUCAGGCAAAGUCCUACAGCAUAGUGCAUCCAAAUUUUUAUUUCCAUCCUAGUGUGUGUAGAAAAUGUACAUAUGUGUACAGACAAUUCCUGCACUGUUGUUUUUUUCCCAAAUGCACAUGGUCAUCAGAUAACUUUUGAAACACCGAAUCAGUGUCAUAGCAGCUUCACGGCAUGUUCAGUGACUGCUGAAAAUCUGAAAUGAGAAGGUUUUACGUACAGUGUGCUGACAGUGACACGUUGAACUAAAUGCUCAAAGCUGAGACUUGUUUAACAGCACAGGUUGUGCCGAUGGCAUCAUCACAGUGAUGACUUCUCACUAACCGCUGCUGUUGAUUCAUUGAACUACAUUUUCAUUACCCCCAUCUCCUUAGGAUAUGAUUGGCUUUUGUUGCUUUAGUGCGUAACUUUUUAUAAUAAUGGACGUCCGUUACAUUGCGCGGUCACAGAAAGCUUUUAUCAUGUGGACACUACAACAGUCUUGAUCCAUGGAGGAGACAGAAACUACGCACCAUAGCUUUAAAGUCUUCCUUUAAAGCUGCACUGGUUAUGAUUUAUGCCGAAGUUAUCGAGUUGAAAAAUGUGUAAAAAUACAAACAUAUUGAUUUAGUCAAGAGCCCUUAAGUUUCUUAGACAGCUACAGUGGCUUUCACACAGAGCUAAUCAGGUUGGAGCUUUACACAAAUCAUGUGUGUUACUUUUUUCAUUGA